GUGAUGCAAAUAACCACGAGUUACACAAUACAACGCAAAGCUACGGGGUGGAUUCUAUUUUCGCAUUUCUCACGAAAGCAGCAUGUCGGGUGGACCAGCUAGACAAAGAAACCCCUGUGAACGCUAUUUGAAAUGGCCCCCGACAAGGAUUCGUCAUGCAGUCCUACUUAGUGCAUUACUUGGACAAUCAGCAGAUACAAAGGGACGGGCCUUCUCAUUCAAAGCCUCUAACUCCUUUGCCCCGCGAAGUAUUACGAACACGAAAGGUGAUUCUAUGAUAGAACAUCUAGCCCAACAUGUAGAAUUUCGAUCUAGUAUCGAUCAAACAAUACAAGAACUACAACGGCAUAUUCCGGUAGUAGUAUCGAGACCACUUGAAACUCAUGUUGCGCAACGUACAUACACAACUGACACAAAAUUGGUCGUCAGUAGUGAGGAACUGGGUGACAUUGAGCUUGUGUCGUCACUUGAAGAGUUGGUGACUCUGACGAACACAAUUGUGAUGGCAGUACAGGUUUCAGCUCGGGCUUCCAACUUCCUCUCCUUGCUUGGUGUAAACGCCAGCUCAACGGCCAGAGCGACAGCCAAUGUAAAGUCCAGAGUAGCGCUUGAUCCCUCUUUGAAGAGUCUUCAAGUAAAAUGGAAAACCGAGCUUUUUCCUUUGGUUGGCCAAGCGAUGAGUACUCCUGGUAACAAAAACAAAUCUAGAUGCUCUUCCUCGGCUAUGUCAACCCUCGAAGGCCUCUCGGAACUUAUCUUGGAUCAAGAAUCGGGGAAAAUUGAUACUCAUCGCUUGCUGCGCGUACAAUGGAACGGACAAGACCAGGAUGCAACAACAAUUGGACAAACAUUAUCUCUACUCCGACAAACAAUACAGAAUUUUCAAAAAUCUCCUUUUGGUCAGACUUUUGGAAGCGGAACACUGAACCUGUUCAAUCAGAUUCGCGACGGAUAUCUCUAUGAGUCCACAGAGCAACUGCCCACGGAAUCCAACGCAAGUUCCACCGCACCUCUGUUUGUACUAUUGACGCCCGCAACGAAUCGUACCAAGGGGUUCACAUGGGUACCAGUCCAAGACUAUAAUUUCUCUCGGCAUAGCACUGGAGAAAGCUCGUCAUCGCCAGAAAAUGUAUUUCAGUCAACGUCGAUGCCGUUGCCUGGAACGGACACCUGGACGCAAUACGCGGCUUCGUUUCAAGCCAUUAGGCGGUUCGUGUCAGAAACCAUUCCAAAUUUAUCCCAACAAGCAAAUGUGGAAUUGAUUCGGUCUCUUUUUUUACCAACCGCUCGCUUUUAUACGGUCGAUGAAAGUCUCCUGUUGGAAGGGUCUUACCGGAUUGCCAAUUUUUACCAAUCGCUAGCAGCGGUACGAAGCCGCACAUUCGGAAGCUGGAACUUGGACCAUGUAGAGCUCAUUUACACUGAUGGCGAUAAUUUCGGAUAUUCCGUAAGCAACAGCAGCAGAACACAAGUUCGAAUUUAUUACACAACGACGACUGGCUUUCCGGGGACGACAUCCGCUAUCACAGCUAGUGGUUGCGACCGAUACGUCUUGAUUCCUGACAUGGAUGGAUCGUUAGAAACAGGGGCAAUUAGUGCGAAUUGGAAAAUCGGAGAAGUGCAUCAAGAAAAGGUAUCGAUCGCGGGGAAUGAUAGUCCACUAGAGGCUUUGUGGGCUAUGAGAAGCAUUGCCACUGCUGUCGAAACUGGACGGUUUCGCAAUAAUGAAGACGCUCUCUGGAAGACGCUGCUUCAGCGGCUUAACAAUGGCAUCAUUGCCUCAUCUGUACCGUUGGAAGCUAACAGCUAUGAAUAUAAGAAGGUAUUGCCAGAUGCUCAAUCGCCUUUGGUGAGAUCUGAUCAAACAGCCUCCAUGGUCUAUCGUAUCAUGACUAAUCUGCAUCUUGAGAUGAUUUCGCUGGUCAACGACACAGAUAUGGCUGCUACAUUGAACCCCAAUUUGUGUCCACCCGCUGCUGAGUAUAUGACUGAUAAUGUUAAGCUCCUCGGGUAUAUUGGUGAGGUCUUGCUGUCCGGACGACGGAUGUAUACCAACAGUGUGGUCUUUUUCAUGAGGUCGCUCAAGUCUGCUAUUCAUUCCGGACGUUUGUUGGUUGCGAAAGAACCGGACGUACACGUAGAGCUGAAGGCCACGGGCGACGUUCGAUUAGACUUUACACUACAUAUGACUUUUUUGCCGUUGGCUGGGUUGCCUGGUUUAAAUCGCAUCGCGGGGACGGACAAGGCGAACGGUCUUGGCGCUUCUGUGCCGCUUACCGUGAAAGUUGUGUCAGACUAUUUGCUCGACCAUCAUACUGGUAGAAUCAUGCAGCACCGGCUGGUGGAGUCACGCAUCAACGGACAGUUGACACCGGGUGACAUUAUUUCUCGUUGGAUUCAGCGGCAGCGUGGCGAAGAGCUGGCUAGUCCUGAUGAAACAGUUUGGUUACAGGACUUGAUGGACACGGUAAGAUGGUUAGAAACAAUGAACGGGAGUACAAAGAAGAGCAAGAAGUAG